GCGAACGAACCCCCCACCUUUACAGAAUCAAGCUAUGAUUACUUACUCUAUUUCUACCAUCACCUACAUUCUUAUCCACCCACUUUGAGUCGAUCAAUCAUGUCUGCUCAGAUCAAAACAAUCUCAACAACACCUUUCGAAGGUCAAAAGCCUGGUACUUCAGGUUUACGUAAACGUGUAAAGGUUUUCUCCCAACCACAUUAUACAGAAAACUUCGUACAAGCAAUCUUGUCUUCUAUUCCUUCUCCAGGAGUAAAAGGCUCUACCCUCGUUGUCGGAGGAGAUGGUCGUUAUUUCAGUAUUCCGGCUAUUCAAUCUAUCAUCCGUUUGUGCGCAGGUAAUGGCGUUUCAAAAUUGAUCAUCGGUGCAAAUGGUAUUUUAUCCACUCCUGCUGCUAGUCAUGUCAUUCGCUCUUACAAGGCUACAGGUGGUAUCUUGUUGACCGCUUCUCACAACCCUGGAGGUCCUGAUGCCGAUUUCGGUAUCAAGUACAAUAUGGAGAAUGGUGGACCCGCUCCAGAAGGUGUGACAAACAAGAUCUUCGAAGUCACAAAGUCAAUCAAAGAAUACUACGUAGUCGAAGGUGAGGAUGUCGAUCUAUCCAAGCCAGGAAGUUACACUUUCGGUGGAUCUUUGCAAAUUCAAGUCAUUGAUCCUGUCAAGGAUUACGUUCAAUACCUCGGCAAAAUCUUUGACUUUGGUUUGAUUAAAUCUUUCUUGCAACAAGGUCAAUUCACUGUACUGUUCGAUGCCUUGCACGGUGUCACAGGACCUUAUGGACGUGCACUGUUCGUCGAAGAAUUCGGAUUGCCAGAAUCUUCCAUUCAAAACUGUGUUCCCAGCGAAGACUUUGGUGGAGGUCACCCUGAUCCUAACUUGACCUAUGCUAAAUCCUUGGUUGAUGCAGUUGAAUCGAAGAACAUCUCAUUCGGUGCCGCUUCUGACGGUGAUGGUGAUCGUAACAUGAUCAUCGGUAAAGGCGCAUUCGUCAAUCCAAGCGAUAGUGUCGCCAUCAUUGCUGAUUGGGCAGAUCGUGCGAUCCCUUACUUCAAAUCUGGCGUUAAAGGUCUCGCACGUAGUAUGCCAACCAGUGGAGCAAUUGACCGUGUUGCCAAGAAGAAAGGAUUCGAAUGCUUUGAAGUGCCAACGGGAUGGAAAUUCUUUGGUAACUUGAUGGAUGCUGGCCGUCUUUCGAUCUGUGGUGAAGAGUCCUUCGGAACGGGAUCUGACCAUAUUCGUGAAAAGGAUGGUCUUUGGGCUGUUGUCGCUUGGUUGAGCAUCUUGGCUGCUGCAAACAAAGAAAAAGCAGGCACGAGUGUCAAUGAUGUUUUACAAGCUCACUACAAGCAAUACGGACGAAACUUCUUCUCACGUUAUGAUUACGAAGAGGUUGAUUCUGCCGGUGCAAAAGAAUUGAUGGAUAAUUUGAGUAAACAAUUCACCUCUUCAUCCUUCAAAGGUACAAAAUUGGGCGAAUUCGAAGUUGCAGAAGCAGGAGAUUUCUCUUACACUGACCCAAUCGAUGGCAGCGUAAGCAAGAAUCAAGGAUUGUACAUCAAGUUCGUUGAUGGUAGCCGAAUCAUCUUCCGUCUUUCAGGUACUGGAAGUGCAGGCGCAACGAUUCGCUUGUACGUUGAGAAGUACUCGAAUGAUGCAGCUGAAUUCAACGCAGACGCUCAACAAGGCUUGAAACCUCUUAUCGAACAAGCACUCAAGAUUUCUGAAUUGCAAAAGCAUACCGGUCGUGAUAAGCCUACCGUCAUUACUUAGAUAACAACAAAUACCUUGUAAUGACUCUGAAGUGCAAUACCAAAGAAUAAAUGCAAAGGCAGUGAUUUGAUAUGAUAAGCUGUCACAAAUUGUAGAGAUUGAGAAUUUUAUUCACAUACUAGAGUACAAUGGAAAGGGGUAGCUUUACUGAUCACCAGUGCCAUCCUGGU